AUGUACGUCGACCGGACGACAGAGCGUGAGGCGUCCUGUGAGCUGCGGAAUGAGCUGAAAUGGCGUCAUGGCAUGCGUUCGUGCGGUCAUUUGAUUGCUUUGCUCAUCUCAAAAUGGUACAGCACACACCGGCACUACUCGCAAGUAGUGCAGUCUAAGCGAUUCGAGCCGUGUGCCCACUCGCGAGUGACAGUCUCGGCUCGGAGGCGUCCGGUGACGCAAAGUCGGUGUGCUAAGUGA